UGCAGUAUGCUUGUAUUGCUAGAUCGGCGUUAUCUCCAGUUUAGACGUUUAUCAGCCUCUUUGCAUAUCACGUGCCUCCGCUCGUCCAAUAAUAGUUGGAUCUUGACGCACACGGGACUCAUGGGUAUCUGUUACUCCACUGAUCCACUGCUUCCCUUUCAGUCUUGGGGAAUUCUAAAAGAGCUGGUAGGCUCCAUGUAGGGCGUGCUAUGACAGCGUCUUUACUCCUCCAUUCCCGCUGGAUUGACCCGGUGAUGUUUCUCUAUGACAACGGCUUGGAUGAUAUGAGCAAAAACAUGGAAGGAUUUGUGGGAGGCAAUUUUGCUGCUAACCAGUGCAGGAAUCUUAUUGCCCACCCGUCUUCUUUGGCCCCGAGCACAACCUACACGUCGAGUGAGGUGCCAGGAUCGGGCAUGGGGGAACCUGUCAAACAAUGCAGUCCGUGUUCAGCCGUUCAGAACUCUCCCAGUGCUUCUUUGCCCUAUGGAUAUUUUGGCGGCAGCUAUUACCCGUGUAGGAUGCCCAAGUCCUGCACGCAGCCCACCUCCUAUGGGGAUAAAUACAUGGACACGUCUGUUUCUGGAGAGGAGUUCCCUUCUCGUGCUAAGGAAUUUGCCUUCUACCAGGGUUACUCGUCUGGCCCUUACCAGCCUGUGCCGAGUUAUCUUGACGUGCCAGUCGUACCUGCGCUGAGCACCCCUGCGGAACCCAGACACGAGUCUCUUCUGCCUGUUGAAACGUACCAGCCCUGGGCAAUCACGAACGGAUGGAGCAGCCCGGUGUACUGCCCUAAAGACCAAACGCAGUCAAACAGCUUAUGGAAAUCGUCUAUUCAAGAUACUGUAUCGGGUACCGAUGGAGCCUCAGUGCGUCGAGGGAGAAAGAAGCGGGUUCCCUACACCAAGGUUCAAUUGAAGGAACUAGAACGAGAAUAUGCCACAAAUAAGUUCAUUACUAAGGACAAACGAAGAAGGAUAUCUGCUCACACAAACCUGACCGAGCGACAAGUGACCAUCUGGUUUCAAAACAGGCGGGUGAAAGAGAAGAAAGUGGUCAACAAGUACAAGGGCAUCAGUUAAGGUCUGAAAGAAUUCAAAACUGAAAUACCAAAGGGGUAUAAAUGGAAGGACCUUCAACAUUAUUUAUUCUGAAAUCCAUUCCAUCAUCUGUUCCACGUCAAGAGACUAUGCGGAGAUGCGCAGGAGGGAAAAUGUCUAUUUUACUUCCCUGUGUAGCCUACAUAUUACCAAGACACUGACACUGAUAAAAGGCGAAGAUACUGAAGCCAUAUUCACCACUUGAUUUUUUUAUUCGUUGCAAUCUAUAAUGUAUUUGGCAAAGACGUGCGAGGAAUGUAAAAUACACUUUCAACAAAGAAAAUCAGUGAAGCUAAACAGACAAAACCAUGGAAAUUCGUGUAUUUUUUUAUUUUUACACAUCAAAAACAACUGUAGCCUACCUUUUAGACUGUGGAUUUGCAUGCUAUACGCUAACUGUACAGUAAAUUUACCCCAAGUCGUGACAGAUUUUUGUUUUGAGCUUUUAUUUUAUAUUUAGCCUACCCCAUACGCACUUUUGUAAAUAGCCUACAAAGUCGCUUCCAGUCACCUGCAAAAUAUACAAAUUCAUUCAUGUGUUCUUGCAGACAGUAUGCAAAUAAAACUCCCCAUAUUGA